CAAAGAAAUUCAAGUUCCUCCUCCUCCUUACUCACUCCCAAGUCCUCAGAUCGAAAAACUCGUCAGCUCUUCAAUUGCAGACAGAAGCAUAAUCACUCUCCUCCUGCAUUUUCUCGGGAAAAUUUCUUCUCUCUGCUGUUUUCAUCAUUUUCUCGGAAAAAGUAUGGGAACAAUUGCAAAGAGACACGCAGUGUUGUCAGCUUUUCUCUCUCCAAUGUGCGGGAGAGACUGAAACGACACAGUUUCAAACAACCCACAGCUCUACACUUCUUUUUCUUUUCUAGAGAGAGAAAGAGAAGGGAGAAGAGAGUAAGAGCUGCAGUCAGAGCUCAGAAAACCCUUUUUUUCUUCUUCUCGUUUUUCCACAAAAUGCAGAAUGGGAAUCUCUGUGCCUCGAGGCUAUUUGAAAGCUCAUUUUCGUUCUCACUUUUCAUACAUAAUAAUUUAUUUUUAUUUCUCUGAAUUUCCCAGCUUGCUCAUAUAAAAUAAAAGCUUCUUCCUUUGGCAUCAAAAGAUUGAGGAGAGCCUUGGUUCAAUGGAUAUGCCUACAGGAAAGCAUUGUGAUUUCACUUUUAUUGAGCUUUCUGCAGUGAUCUGAGCUAAUUUUGUUGGUGGAUUUUUGGAGGCAGUGUUGAAUGUUUGAUUGAAAAAAAAGAGAUAUCACAGAAUUGGAGACUUUAAGAAGAUUAAGAUUAUUUCUUUGCGGAAAAGAAAGAAAGAGGUUUCGUUCUUGAGAGCCAAAACGGUUUUAUUAUUUUGUCCCCAUCAAUGUCAGGAGCUCCAAGAGUGAGGUCCAUGAAUGUGGCUGAUUCAGAGUCUAGGCCAGUGCUUGGACUGGCCGGAAAUAAGGCCGGUACAUGGAGUAGUACCCGUAAAUCCACUUCAAAAACUCCGAGAAAAGUAGAUAAAUCGCCUGAUGAGGUCACAUUGUCUGAGGAGAAGAAGAAGACCCGUCAAGUGUCUUCCACUGGUGCCACUUCUCCUCAGCUGCAUUCUUCAAGUGUCCCCUCGGUCCUCCGCCGACAUGAGCAGUUGUUGCAUUCUAACCUGUCCUUGAAUGCUUCUUGCUCUUCGGACGCCUCUACAGAUUCUUUCCACAGUAGAGCGUCUACCGGCAGGCUGCUGACUCGGUCGUAUAGCACGGGAAGUAGGCGGAAGCAGUUAGUUUCGCGGACGAGAAGUGUUGUUUCUGAUGGUGGGUUGGAGUCUCCUCCUGAUGAUUCACAGCAAAAGAAGAGGUGUGCUUGGGUGACGCCUAAUACUGAGCCAUGUUAUGUUGCUUUCCACGACGAAGAAUGGGGGGUUCCAGUACAUGAUGAUAGGAAACUCUUCGAGCUUCUUGUUCUUUCUGGUGCACUGGCUGAACUUACAUGGCCUGCCAUUUUAAGCAAAAGACACAUUUUUAGGGAAGUUUUUGCAGAUUUUGAUCCAGCUGCUGUCUCAAAAUUGAAUGAGAAGAAGAUAAUGGCACCAGGAAGCACUGCAAGCUCCCUAUUGUCGGAGCUGAAAUUACGUGCCAUUAUAGAAAAUGGGCGGCAAAUAUCUAAGGUCAUAGAUGAGUUUGGAUCUUUUGACAAUUACAUUUGGAGCUUUGUGAACAACAAGCCUAUAGUCAGCAAGUUCCGUUAUCCACGCCAGGUACCUGUCAAAACCCCGAAAGCAGAUGUGAUAAGCAAAGACCUCGUGAGGAGGGGAUUCCGAAGUGUAGGACCGACAGUUGUGUACUCUUUCAUGCAAGUUGCGGGAAUCACAAACGACCAUCUCAUCAGCUGCUUCAGAUUUCAGGAAUGUCUGAAUGCAGCGGAAGGGAAGGACGAGAACGGUAUCAAGAACGAGGCCGGGGAGAAGAAUAAAAACAAUAACGGAGCGGAAUCAGAACUAUGCAUUGGCAUUGAGGAAUUAAAUUUCAGCUCAGAAUGAUGAAACAAAGCUCCUGGUUCAAUCAAUCAUCGGCGCAAAGGUGAUUUGUGUAUAAAAAUUUUCAUGAAUCUUUUAAGAGCUUAAGAAGCAUCAUGGAUUUUCUUUUACAGAAUUAGAUUACUGAAAGUAAAUUAAUGUAACUGGUGAUUGUGCUGUCGGUGGGGGGGCUUCUACAGAGAGCCUUUGAAGCUGGAUGUGCAAUUUUUUGUACAGUUUGAAAGGGGGAAAAAAAGUCUUUAAAAAGACCAGACUCUUGUUGUGAUCAAGAGAAAUGAACAAAUUUUUGUUGUGCAAAGCCAUCAAUCACCGUCCGAUUUAUGAUGACCUUACAGUUGUGGGGGUUGGGACCCAGGUGUCUGGAGGGCUAUGGCCUUAGGAUGUGGUGGACAGCUAGAGGCUUAUAAUAUUAACUGAUUGGUCAGUUUUGCUUUUAAUAAUGACAAUAAAAGAUGAGUAGCACAAUGUUUCUUUGUCUCCCUAGGACUGGGGAGGACUCCCAAUUGAUAGACAGACAUGUUUGUACUGUUGGCACCAGACCACCAAAUUAUGAAAGGGCAGCCCUUGUUUCCUAGAGUGAUAUGAGAUAGCUGAAAAUUGUUGUUGGAUUGCUUUAUAUUGGAAAACCAAUCUAGGCUUAAAAUUUGUAUAAUCUAGCCAAACAUAAAUAAACGGGUAUAACGAUUGAUGGAUGGGGUUGCGUUUUUUCUUUUUUCUUUUUUUUUUCUCU